AUGGCCGCGAAACUAAGAAAAGCUGUAAACCCCUGGCGGGCCUACCCACAAGGAAAGCCAGCGCCGACCUCUACGUGGUCCAGGGGACUAGUACCUUCGACCAAGGGAAGCAAACGGGCGCAGGAGAAGGGUUUGGGGGAAACAGAGGCAGACACCCAUCUACCGAAACUGAGUAACCAUACUCACGAAUGGACACACAGUCCGGAUCCACCGCGAUCCUACUCUACUGAAUACUAG